AUGGAUGCUCUUGAUAUCUUCGAAUAUACUGUGUCCAUCAGUUACAGCAGCGACCUUGACCUCAGCAGUAGCAGUUCCCAAGACUCUCCAGCAGUUAAGAUGAAUGACAGUCACCUUCCUCGAGUCAGUUAUAACGACAUCACGAACCAGAGAGUGUUAGGAUGGGGAGCGUACGGCAUAGCCCAUCUUGUGAGUCUCAAGCUGGCCAAUGGAGGGGUAGUCCCGGCCGUCGCCAAGACCUCCCUCAAGGGCCAGUCUCUCAUGGCCGAGGCCCUGGCUCUCUACCAUCUUAAUGGGGCUGGUGGUGCCCCUGUCCUUUAUGGCGUCACCAGUGAAGACCCUCAGGCAUUGGUUAUGGAGUACUGUAGCGGCGUCACAGUUGACGAAUUUUUAGAGUCACAUUCUACAGAAGAGUGCCUCGAGGCCUUCACCUCCAUGAGUGAGGCACUCGAUCAGCUCCACGCCAAGGGUUACGCUCACCGGGACCUACACGAAUAG